AUGUCCUCGUCAACACCCCACCUCGACGCCCUCCGGCGCGACGGCUUCGUGAAAGUCCCCAACCUCCUCCCCCACCACGUUCUCCUCGCCAUGCAAGCCUCCUGCAAAUACACGACCGACCGCGCCCGCCGGGGCAAGUGGCCCCACGUCCGGACCGUGCCCAAACAAUACCCGCCCUGGCACGAGUGGCAAGCAGGCGACAACAUCUGGGGCGUCCAGCACCUGCUCCACCCGGACAUGCCGACCCGCGACACCUUUGCCGAAGUCUACUUUGGGGAUCCCGUGCUGGACGUCGUCAAGGAACUGCUCGGUCUCACGCAGGACGGGGACGACCGACGCCGAGACCCAGACGAGCGCCCGGAACCGGACGACCGCCUCGUCAUGGAAUUGUUCAACUUGCUGGUCAGCCCGGAUGGGGCCAGGGAUUUCGAACUCGCGUGGCAUCGCGACGACGUGCGGCCUGACGUAUCGCCUGAAGAGGAGGCGCGGCAGCUGAACUUGCGCGGAGACGGUGGCCCGCAAAGUCAGCAGCUCCACGCCCAAUACAAUAUCGCGUUGUUUGAGGAUUCGUCCCUCGUCGUCGUCCCGGGGAGUCAUGCGCGGGUGCGCACGCGGGCCGAACGCGACGCCGCGCCCUACGAGCCAAACCUACCGGGCCAGGUCGUCGUCGCGCUGCAGCCUGGGGAUGCCGUGUUCUAUGAUUCCAAUAUCCUGCAUCGCGGCGUCUAUCGGGGCAUUGACGUCACUAGGGAGCUCGGGCGGAUGACGUUGCAUGGGUCUGUUGGGUUGGCGGGGCAUGGGACGGAGCGUGCGAGACAGGUCCUUCAGCAUGGGGUGGGUGAGUGGGUUGGCAGGGCGAAGUUCUCGAUAGAGGGAUCCAAGGGGUUGAGGGCUGAGGGGAUGCGGAAACGUCUGAUGGAGAUGGGGAGUGGGAAGGAUCUGGGGUAUUCUCUGGUGGGAUGA